GGCAGACGUUGCUCCACCCUCCUAUGUUGUCAGAGAAAAUGCACCGUCAGGCGAAAAGUGCGAUUUUGUGGUAAAGUUUUCACCUAAGUAAGUCGCAUGCCGCCGAGGUACAAAAGUGGCGGCCAAACAGGAAGAGUUUGGCCACACAAGAUUUACUGUUGUACCAACAGGGUUGAAACCUAGAAGAUGCCACUUCUGAAGCGAGUGGUGUCACCCGUGCAUGUGUCACGGGUGCCACUGGUGGAAGAGUGGGUCACGGAUGAAAAUGGCCGCGUGUACCCUGCACUUCUGCCCGCUACAUACCAACCACAAGACCUAGAGGCAUUUACCAACCUCACGCUUGCCAAUUUAAUUACUCAAUUAUCGUCGCUUUCUCGGCAUGCUGAAGAUUUAUUUGGGGAAAUGAUUGCAGAAUCAACAUUGAUAUUGAAUCGCACUGUGUCUUUACAAGGAAGAGUUGACAAAUUGUCAGUGAAAGUCAAGAAUUUAGAUAGUAAUGUAGAAGAAGUGUCGUUGCAAGACAUCCACAUGCGGAAAGCAUUCAAAUCAUCAACAUUGUUUGACCAACAAGUAGUCUCUAGGGAUACUAUUCCUGCUCCCAUGUUGGAAACCUAUCAGACCUGUGAACAGCCACCACCUCUCCAUCAGCUUAAUCCUUACAGGGACGAUGGCAAGGACGGUCUCAAGUUCUACACCGAUCCUUCAUACUUCUUUAACCUCUGGCGGGAAGAAAUGACCCAGGAGACAGAGCGAUUGAAACUUGACAAGAAACAGAAGCAUGCACACGGAGGGGAGCAUCGAAACGAGCCAAGCAAACCCAAAGGAGACGGUAGAAACAAGAGUAAAAAGGUGCCAAGAAUGACGUCCAACACUCGAGAACGACAAAUCAAGCUGGCGAUCGCACAUGGUGAAUAUAUUACACCACAACCGCAGUAUAGAACACCAAUGAACCAGCUGAAUGAGGGUAUAUACGACGAUUCGGUCGGCGUACAUGCUGCUGACGGGCGGCCACUACGGCCCAAUAGCAUAGAACUUCGUGGUCACUAUGGUAAUUCACAAACUGGGCUGGAUGUAAUGUAUGCCAUGAAUUCCCACCCCCAUGCCUACUCUCCGACACACGAGAUGAACCAGGCACUGCCAGCAUCAGACGGCCAGGGUUAUCCUCCUCCGUAUCAGGAUCAGUACUCAGGAUACCCACCACCUCCUUAUACUCCUGAUGGCACACUAUCACAGGGUAAGAAACCCCUAUCUAAUUCGGGCCGUGCUCCAUCAAAUCGACCAAAGGGCCCCCCCAAUCCACCCCACAGCAAUACCCCCCCACCAGGGGGCUCCCAGGGUACACCACCGUUACGUGGACCCCUUUCCCCGGGGCGAGAAACAUUACCUCCACCACCGCCUCACCCAGCGAGGAGACGGUUGGAGGCAGUGGUUGAUGGAAUCAAUCAGAGGGCAUCCAUGUCACCGGGACCCGGGCGACACACCCAGCCAGCCUACCACCACGAACAGGACCUUCCUCCACCACCACCAACACCAGACAAGUCUGGAGAACCUGAACCACCACCACCAUCACCACCCCCACCACCACCAGUGGCUCCUAUACAACCACCAGGACAAAUGGUUGGAGCACCAUCAUCUCCCUCUCCCCCACCGCUUGUGCCCAAUGGCAAUGCUCCAGGGGCUCCUCCACCACCACCCAUGCCGCCACUCAUGAUAAAUGGCGUCAUAAAACAACAGCCACAGAGUGUUUUAGCCAAGCCCAAGAAAGUUGAGAAGAAAGUGCUGCCCCCAGUUGAAGUUGAUGGUCGAAGCGAGUUACUCAAGGCUAUCAGAGAAGGUAUCCAGCUGCGUCCGAGGGUGGACGACGUCAAGACUAAGCCCAAGGAAGACCCAGACAGUAUUGAUGUUGCUUCCAUCCUGCAGAGAAGAUUUGCCUUUGAAGUUAGUGAUAGUGAAUCAUCUUCUGAUAGUGAGUCUGAUAGUGACGAGUGGGACGAAACCAGCGCAUAAAACGUCUGGAUGGAACCACUUUUUAGCUUCUUCAUGCGAGCUUCUGUCUUUUUUUAGCCGUUACAGACAGGAUCAGAAUAUUCAGUGUAUUCCCACAUACCAUGACUAAAGGAACUAGCACUCUACCAGAGUAUCAGUUGAAAUGAUGUUUCUUAGUCGGUACAAGUCAUGGUUCAGUAUGUAUCCUUUCUAUUUUGAAUGCUAUGGUAGCAGGUGAAACACUUUUAUGAUUCACUAUGUGUUUUGCUUGACCCCAAGUGAGACAAAACAGUAUGGCCCAUAUCAUAGGCCUCUGUAAGACUGGAUUUGUGUUUAGUCCUAUGAUGGUAUUGGUCAAAAUUAUUCAGAGACAGAAUUUAUAUGGAAUUGUGACCCCUUGUGGCACAUAAUGUGGCCUGUGGUUAUGAAAGUCACUAUAUACAUGGUGAAAGAUUUAUAUUCUUUUGGGACCAUGUAAUCUAUUUGUAUGGUUUUUCAACACCUAUUUAAUUUGUAAUUUAAUUUCCCACAGCAGGUAUGCAUUGGAAAACAAAUUAAGGAAGCUACAUUGUUAUGGAAUAUUUUUUAUAGUUUCUUAAUACAUUUGUAAAUUAGUUCCUUUAUUGUAUAUGCUUUUGUUUGUGAUAUCCUGUUGCCCUUCUCUUGUUAAUACAGACAUAACUAUUGUGUAUAAAUUUCUGGCUUAUGUUAAGUUCUAUUUCCAAAGACAAAGCUUUUUAAUUAAUAUAUAAAUCUAUAUAUAUAAAUUUCUCUCUGCUGGUGACUGUCCCUCUCUAUUUUUCCUGUCCUUUUGUCAUGUAUAUUAUUGACCGAUAGUAAAGAAAAGAUGCAAAUUGCAUCAGGUUUUAUGGAGAUUUUGUUGCCCUUUGUUGAGCUUUAUUAAGUUAUGUGUUUGUGAAGCUCACACUGUUGAACAUGUGAGUUACAUAUGUGCAACACCUGGCUGCAUAUUUUGAAUACCUUUUGAUAACCAGUGGCUUUUUCAGUUCAAGAAAGAGUAUUAACUGGUGACAGUUGAAGAUGAGGGUAAUCAGUCCCUCAGCCUUAAAGAAUGGUGACAGUAGUAGAGGAGGUUCAGUCCCUCAGCCUUGAAGAAUGGUGACAGUAGUUGAUGGGGUUGUCAGUCCCUCAGCCUUGAAGAAUGGUGACAGUAGUUGAUGGGGUUGUCAGUCCCUCAGCCUUGAAGAAUGGUGACAGUAGUUGAUGGGGUUGUCAGUCCCUCAGCCUUGAAGAAUGGUGACAGUAGUUGAUGGGGUUGUCAGUCCCUCAGCCUUAAAGAAUGGUGACAGUAGUUGAUGGGGUUGUCAGUCCCUCAGCCUUGAAGAAUGGUGACAGUAGUUGAUGGGGUUGUCAGUCCCUCAGCCUUGAAGAAUGGUGACAAUAGUUGAUGGGGUUGUCAGUCCCUCAGCCUUGAAGAAUGGUGACAGUAGUUAAUGGGGUUGUCAGUCCCUCAGCCUUGAAGGAUGG